AUGCCCUGUAGAUUGUAUACUUCAACCGGAGAAACUAAGCCUACAAAUGAUCUCCAAGAGUUGUUGCUAACACUUCCCAGUGAGAAAAACUCGGAUGGUAGUUCUCUCCAUCUAUAUGGAGGGGUUUGGUAUCCAGCUUAUGCCAUCAGUGGAGUAGUUUCCUUUCAACAACACUUCAUAGCACAGAACACCGAUAUUAUAUUAGCAAGCAUGCCAGCAUCGGGCAUGCCUUGGUUGAAAGCCCUUGCCUUCUCAGUUAUAAACCGAAAUCACCAGAGUCCUAAAGAGAGCCCCUUGCCCGUUAUCUCACCUCAUGAACUUGUACGUUCCUUUGAAAAUGACCUUUACUUCAAAACCAGCCACCCAAAUCUCGACAACUUCCUCAGCCAAGAAUUUUCAUCCAGGCAAGAGAAUGCUAAACCUGUUUCUUCAAUUGAAGAACAUUUUGAGAAAAUUUGUCGUGGUGUCCAGAAUUAUGGGCCAUUUUGGGAUAGUUCAUUAGGAUAUUGGAAAGAAAGCUUGGAAAGACCAGAGAAGGUGCUGUUUUUUAGAUAUGAAGACUUGAAGGAUGAUACGAUUUCCAACUUGAAGAAGCUGGCUGAGUUCUUGGGAUUUCCUUUAUUGGAAAAUGAAGAGAAAGAUGGGGUCCUAGAAGAAAUAUUAAGCUUGUGUAGCUUUGACAACCUCAAGGACUUGAAGGUGAACAAAAAUGGUGUUCGUCCGAAUGGAGUUCCAAAUAGUUUCUUUUUCAGGAGCGAAGAAGUGGGGCAUUGGAGCAAUUAUCUCAGUCCUCAAAUGGCUGAAAACUUCCGGAAGACUGUAGAAGAAAGGUUGGUUGGAUCUGGUUUCGCCUUCAAAAUAUCUCAAUGA